UAAAUAUUGAUUCACACAUCAGCAUUAGCAGUCCAUAACAUUAUAUAUUCCUUCGUCUACUGAGAACAUCUUGUUGAAAUUGAUGAAUUUGGUGUAUAUAAUAGUAUGACAUGGCUUCACCAGGAAUAUUUUCAGAGAUCCAUGACCCUUCAGAAAGGGUGAGACAGCUAUGUACUUAUGCCUGUAAAGUUGACAUAGAUGAAGCCAUACCACCAAAAAGAUAUCUUCGAUCAGGGCUGGAGAUGAUGAGGAUGGCAAAGGUUUAUCAAGAAGAAGGCAACUAUGAAAGUGCUUUUAUUCUGUAUACAAAAUUCAUAUCAUUAUUUGUUGAAAAGCUCCCUAAGCAUCCAGACUUUAAAUCAGCUCCACAAGCAGAUGUGUCAGCCAUUAAAAAGAAAGUGGUCGCAUCUUUUGCAUCAGCAGAAAAAUUGAAAGCCAAAUUAAAAGAAAGAUAUGCUGCUAUAGAAAAGAAACGACAAGAAGAGGAGAAAAGAAUCCAGGAAGAACUUGCCAGAAAACAGGCUGAGGAAGAGGCAAGGAGAAAAGAGAUAGAAGAACUAGAGGAAUGUAAGAGACAAGAAGCUGAGACAAAAUGGUUAGAAGAACAAGAAGCAAGGCUACAGGAACUAAAGCGACAGGAACAAGAGAGACAAAGACAGCAGGAAGCGGCAACAGCAGCAGCGGCAGCAGCUGCAGCUGGGAUAUAUAGUGGUGCUCCACCCAACUUAUUGAACAAUCAAAUACCUUCUGCGCCACCUGGAAAUUUAUCUUAUAUUCCUAAUGACUUUGGUGGAUCUAAUAAACUUGUAGAUAUAGAUUCACAACCUGCAGGAGCAGGACCUAUCAUACCUGAUAGAGAUCUUAAGAAAAAUCUUGUGAUAAAUGAUGGACCAUCAGUAAUAUCUCCUUUGCCAUCAGUAGACAGAACAACAAAACCACCAGCAUAUGAUCAUUUUAUGAGCACUGGUAGCUCUAGUGGAAAUAAGUUUGGGUUGAGGGAUGUGCUUAUACCUUCUGACCUUCCUAGAAAAUUUUUAGUCAAAGCUGAACAUAAUACAUUAAAAAAUGUGGAGACAUGUGCCUUUUUAGCAGGAAAACUUAGACAGGAUGCGUUUAUGAUUACCCACCUGAUCUUACCAAAACAAACAGGGACUGCAGAUACAUGUGUAGCUGAGGAUGAAGAGGAUCUUUUUCUGUAUCAAGAACCAAGGGACUUAAUCACCCUUGGUUGGAUACAUACACAUCCCAGUCAGACUGCUUUCCUGUCGAGUGUUGAUAUGCACAAUCAGUAUGGUUACCAGGCAAUGUUACCAGAGGCAAUUGCUAUUGUCUGUUCUCCAAAAUUUAAUGAAACUGGUAUAUUUUCCCUAUCAAUAGAAAGAGGACUUGUAGAAAUAGGAUCCUGCAGACAAAAAGGAUUUCAUCAACACACUAAAAAUCCACCAUUAUUUGAGGAUAGUUCACAUGCCAGGAUUGUAGAUACAGAGAAAAUUGAGGUUGCAGAUUUAAGAUGACACAGCAGUAUAUCCAGCAAUAUAAUACAGACAGUCAAUUGUUAGGCAUUAAUCAUCCCAUCAUGUGUAGAACUUCAGUAUUGUAGUGAUUGUGGAGGAAAAGGGUGUUUUUCUGUGAAAAAAAUCUUUGAUUUUCAAGACACUCAUUCAUUACUUCUGGCAUAAUUUUGAGGUGGUAGAUCCACUGGUCAAAUUAUUCCAUCCAUUAUUGAAGUAUGAUUCACUAUGUAGGAACUACGUUCCUGUAUAUGUGAAUUGGACAUGUGUGAAACAAAUGCAGAAGCUCUGUACAAAUCUCUUCUGAUAUAUAGAUGUGUGUACCCGGUAAUGAUCUACUUAAUAUAUUUUUAUGUUAUUUUGUGGCCUCAGUGUAUUUUUUCUUUGUGCAGGAAUCAAAAACCAAUAAGAUUAUAUGCUUAGCUUUCUCAAGAGACUUCUGGCAUAAUUGAGGCUAUCUGUAUUAUGUAUUUCAAUUAAGAUUUUGGAGAGAAAAAAAAUAUGGAAAUGAUGUUAGAUAUAUUAAUAAAGGGUGAACAUCAAUUUUUCUAAGAAGGAGUAAAAGAGGUGGCAUGGAAAUUUUUUAAUUUAAUGGAAGUAAGCAAUACUGAAGGGUUGUCAAUUCCUUGACAAUUAGACGCUAAGUCAAUGAAUGAUUCAGUUCCUAGGUAUAUUUAAUCAAAUCAUAGCACACUUAUAACCACAGUGGGAACAGUAGUUUUAAAUUUCCUGGAACUUAAUUGAAGUUUAAGGUAAAAGAUGGUGAAACUUUGAAGAAAAAAUAUCACAACUAUUCACAUGCCAAAGAAAAGACUAUUGUUUUCAGAACACACUAUACACACUUUAUUUUUUUCCUGCCCAAGAUAUAUAUAUAUAUAUAUAUGAUUAAAUCUGCUUCAUUUGGAUAGUUGUCUCAUUGGUAAUCAUCUGUCUUUUAGAUGGUUCCAAUGGUAAAUGCAAUCUAUUGAUGUUACAGUUAAGAAAGUUUGCAAAGUGACACAGUUGAUUAUGACAUCUCUUUUUUUAUGGGAUACAAUUGCAUGUAGUCUUUCAAAUUAGUGUUGGUUGUUUUAACAAUGGAAAGGCCACUAAGGAUAUCUUAGUGUAUGGUGAUUACCAAUAACAGAAUCUUAAACUGAAUGUCAGGAUUCGAACAAUAACUAUUUUUGAUAGCUUCUUUUGUUAAGCUCAUGACUGAACAGUUGCUUCCUUCAUUUCUUAUCCUCUUAAUAAGAAAAGGGGAAGUCCUGCUGACUUGUUGUCUCUUGUAGUUGAGUCAUCAAAUUCCUACUUGCUAUCUGUUAACCAAACACCUAGUAAUUGUGUUAUAAAUGAAUAAUUGAGAAGAAUCUGGAAGUUUGAGUUUGUUGGAUGAUAUUCUCAUAUAUAUUCUCUACUCAUAUAUUUACUUUCUUAAGUAUUAAAUUCAAUUUAUCUUUGUUUAAAUGGUUUUUAUAUUAUAUUUAUAAAUUUAAUUUUUUUUAAAUAUUAUCUGGCAUACAAUAGUAUGUCUUCAUUUGUAGUUGAUAUACAAAUAUGUCUAUGGCAUUUUAAUUGUCAAAAAUAUCUUUUAUCUUGUAAUCAAAAUAAAUCCAAGUUGGACUUUCAUUCUGACACUUACUGGAAGGUCCUUAAUUGUAAAAACUAGGAAUGACCCAUACUAUGGCCAUAGCAAAGAUUUAUGGUGUACUCUUUUAUAUUAUUUUAGUGAAUUCAUUGUAAGGGGCCUCAGUUGCAAAGUGGUCUAAGUAUUCCUACUACUAUACCACUAGCCUGUUAACACUGAGGUUGUGUGUUCGAGCCCCAUACCUGGCAGUUGCAUUCCACUCCAAACUUGAUUGACAAGGAUUGUCAAUUUUCCUGUUGAUGGUCGAUGGUUCUCUCUGUGCUCUCCAGCCUCUGCCACCAUUAAAAUCUGGCUGCCACGAAAUAGCCAAUAGUGCUGAAAGUGGCAUUAAAACACCAAAAAUCAAUCAAUCAAUCAAUUGUAUAAAACCUGUGGAAGUAUUCCUACUAAAUAUGUCAUUCUGUGUCUGACAAAAAUAUGAACAAAUGAGAUGUAAGGUUAAUGUCAAUGAAGCAACAUCCAAAACGACACAAAAUAUCAGAACAAAUAGGUGAUGAAUGUCCUGCCUUUAUCACAAAUGGGUCAUUCUCUAUUCAGCUUUAUUGUUGCAGAUCAUACUUUAUUUUGGGUCUUCUAAUUUUCUUGGUAUAACAUUACAUUUUAAUCAAAGGCAGUGACAGUAUUAUCGAUUUCUGUAAGUUUUACCUAUCAAGUUUUUAUUGUCUAUGGUGAAAGGAGGUGUUUGGAAUAUGCUAAGGAGACAACAAUCCAAAGACUCAAAAACCAUCAUUGUAAUCCAUUACAUGAAUUGACUUACAAAAAAAAAGGUCUUGCACUAGUCUAAUUUCUGUGAAAUAAUUAUGUACGAUGAAAAUAAAUGUAUUUUAUAAUUUAUUGAUUUGAUUUAUAAUAAAUAAUUUAUACAAAU